UCUGGGAGAUGUGACAUUCCUGAGUAUCAAGAGAAAGGGAACUUUGAAGAUACUUAGCACAAGAGUAUUUUUAGAAGGAACACAUUUACACAUCCCCACCAUAAAAUCAAUAAUACAAGACUUAUAGAAGGGCAUGCUAGGGGAAUAGAAAUAAUGUCCCGGGGAGGUGAGACCAAGAGGAAGUGUACAUUGGUGCACUGGAUUUCCUGCUGCGCCCCCAGCACUCAUAUUUUGGGUAACCCAGGACACCUCUAGGAACUAGCCUAGUGGACGCACGCAGGCCCCGCCCACGCGGUCCUCAGUGCGGUGACGUGGCCCACUUCCUCGCAGCUGGCAGGAUCCGCGGUUCAAGGGCCUGCUGGGGAGGGAAAGUCAGGGCGGAGGGGUGGCGCCCAGAGCCCGACAAGGGGCCGCUCUGUGGGGUCUCCAGAGCUCGGUCUGCACGAGCUGGACUACAUUUCCCAGCGGCCCCUGCGAGCCGUCGCGGCGCCCUUUGUGUCUCCGGCUUCCCUUCCACGGGAGUGGGUCCAGAGAGACCCACCGCUACAGGGGCGACCCAGGAGAGGUGACCUGAGCUUUCCCGGACCAGGACUUCCUGGUUCUGGGGUUUUACAGGUUGGGAUCAGGCUGACGAGACGCCGGGCGGUCGUCCAGAUGCUGGUCGCUGGCGCCGGGCGUGACUGCAGUAUUGUAAGAACACUGCCAUUCCCCAAGUGAAGAGACAGAAGAGGAAAGGAUGGCUGUUGGACUUCUUAAAACCAUGUACCAGGAGUUGGUGACCUUCAGAGAUGUGGCUGUAGACUUCUCCCAAGAGGAGUGGGACUGUCUAAAUUCCACUCAAAGACAUCUCUACAGUAAUGUAAUGUUGGAGAACUAUAGGGUCUUGGUAUCACUGGGACUUUGUUUUUCUAAGCCAAGUGUGAUAUUAUUGUUAGAACAAGGCAAAGAACCCUGGAUGGUAAAACAAGAACUGACAAGAGGCUUGUGCACAGGCUGGAAAGCUACUUCUGAAACUGAAGAAUUAACCCCAAAACAGGACAUUUAUGAAGAACAAUCAUCCCAAAAGAUAUUAGAAACACUUAGAAGCUAUGGCCUCGAGUAUUCCAGUCUGGAAUGUAAACAUGAAGAUCAUGUUGAAAAUCAACCAGAGAAUCAGAAAACAUGUUUCAAAGGAGAGACAAUCACUCAUGAAGAAGCACAUGCUGAUGAAAAACAGCAAGAAUAUAACAUGUCAUGGGGAAGUUGUUAUCCAAACACACUCCUUCAUACACAUCAAAUAAUCCCCAAAAAGGAGAAAAUGCAUAGAAACGACACAUGUAGUAGCUUUAAGAAAAACAUAUUGGUCAUUAAACCCAAAAGUAUCUAUACAGGGAAGAAACUUCUGAAAUGUACCGACUGUGAAAAAGUCUUCAGUCAGAGCUCAUCCCUUACCCUUCAUCAAAGGAUUCAUACCGGAGAGAAACCCUAUAAAUGUGUAGAAUGUGGGAAAGCCUUUAGCCAAAGAUCAAAUCUUGUUCAACAUCAGAGGGUUCACACUGGAGAAAAGCCCUAUGAAUGUAAGGAAUGUAGGAAAGCCUUCAGUCAGAAUGCACACCUGGUUCAACAUCUGAGAGUCCACACUGGUGAAAAACCUUAUGAAUGCAAGGUAUGUAGGAAAGCCUUCAGUCAGUUUGCCUAUCUUGCUCAACAUCAGAGAGUACAUACUGGAGAGAAACCCUAUGAAUGUAUUGAAUGUGGGAAAGCAUUUAGCAAUAGAUCAUCCAUAGCUCAACACCAGAGAGUUCAUACUGGUGAGAAGCCUUAUGAAUGUAAUGUCUGUGGGAAAGCAUUUAGCCUUCGUGCAUACCUCACUGUACAUCAGCGAAUACAUACUGGAGAGAGACCCUAUGAAUGUAAGGAAUGUGGAAAGGCUUUCAGCCAGAAUUCACACCUUGCUCAACACCAGAGAAUCCACACUGGAGAAAAACCUUAUAAAUGCCAGGAAUGCAGGAAAGCAUUCAGCCAGAUUGCUUACCUUGCACAACAUCAAAGAGUUCAUACUGGAGAGAAACCUUAUGAAUGUAUUAAAUGUGGCAAGGCUUUUAGUAAUGACUCAUCCCUUACUCAGCAUCAGAGAGUUCAUACAGGAGAGAAACCUUAUGAAUGUAAUGUUUGUGGGAAGGCUUUUAGUUACUGUGGAUCCCUUGCACAACAUCAAAGAAUCCAUACGGGAGAAAGACCCUAUGAAUGUAAGGAAUGCAAGAAAACCUUCAGACAGCAUGCACACCUUGCUCAUCACCAGAAGAUCCAUUUUGGGGAGUCACUCUCACCACCCAAUCCAGUCAAUCACCAAGUCCUAUAGGUCCUUUUUCAUAAAUAUUUUCAGAGUUUUCACUCUCCUCUAUCUCUAAUGACAUCUGGCCUUAACUGAAUCUCUGCUGUAGCUUUCUGACAGGUUCCUAUAUUAACUUUGAUCUCUUUAAAUUCAUU